AUGGAACUCAACGAGCGAAUGAGUGAAUUGUACCGGGCAGCAUGGCCUGGGGAUGAACAAGCGCUGGGGCAAUUGACACAGCCAGACGCAUCAAUCCUUGCCAGCAUUCCAGAUGGCCAUCAAGCUCCCUUACACAUAUCAGCACUGCUAGGUCAUGUUUCACUUGUAGGGGUUCUUCUCUAUCACGUUCGCGACCUUGCCGUUAGAGUGGAUUCUUCUGGAAGAACAGCCCUCCACUUAGCUUCUGUAGCGGGUCACAUGCACAUCGUGAGGGAACUGCUUCAAGUUAACAAUCACCCAUGCUUGAAUUGUGACAGAGAGGGAAGACUUCCUCUGCACUAUGCAGCUGUGAGAGGAAGAACUGAGGUUGUGCAAGAGCUGAUCAUGGCAAGGCCAGGUUCCCUAAGUCAUGCAGAUGGCAGAGAAGAAAGCACUGUGUCUCACUUGUGUCUCACAUGCAACCAUUUAGAGACUCUCGAAGCUCUGGUGAAAUUGGACUAUGCCGCUGCCAAUAUUACUGCAGGCCAGCCUCCUACUCCUAUCUUUACGCGUCCUCAUAAGGCUGGCAACACCCUUCUUCAUUUAGCUAUGUUGAAGCGAGUUGAGGUGGUGUGCUAUCUGCUGUCAAUUCCAGAAAUAAGAGAAAUAGAAAACUUCACGAACAAAUUGGGGUUUACAGCCCAGGAUAUCGUGGAACGAAGUCCAAAAGACUUCAAAAUGGGUGAAAUACAACAAAUAUUGACAAAGGCCGAAAAGGAAGGACUUGAAACUGGUGUGGUCCCUCCUCAGAAUGAUGGCUGUUUUAUUAAGAUCCUUAAGUGCAUAUAUAAAAGUCUUACAGAUUGGUUGAAGCACGGGGAUACAUGGGUCGAAGAGACGAGGGGGCAGCUGAGUACGGUGUCCACCUUUAUAGCAACUAUGACCUUUCAAGGUUUGAUCAAUCCACCUGGUAGCUUUAUUCAACAAGGCUUAUCACCAUCUAAAGACAAUAUCACCUCAUCAAAUCAAGUCCACAAUGGCACUUCACCUGAUGAUGACCCCCUCAGCUGCAUCACCAUCCCUCCUGAUAAUUACACGUAUUUUCCUGGACAGGCUUUGGCUUCAUCCUCUCAACUCCAUAGUGAGUUUGUGCGCUAUUCAUUUUACGUUACGAUCUCUUUUUUCUCAUCACUUGGUGUCACCCUCUUGCUUGUGAGUGGAAUAUUUCCUAUGAAGAAUAGGGCUGUGAUAUGGAUGCUAUCAAUGGGCGUGUGUGUGACUCUCACAUCCGUUGCAGCAGCAUACGAUACGUCCAUCAAUAUUAUACUCCCAGGUCAUCUUUUGCGGGAGAAAUUAAUUUCCAACGUGAAGUAUGCAGCAUUGUAUAAGGGAGUACCACCUAGUGGUCCUUAA